GAUGACAAGAGUAAAAUGUGUAUUGCACAAUCAGGAUUUGUUGGGCGGUGGAGCCGAGAGUUCGACGGUGGACAGGUGGAGUGGGCAAUUUCAGAGCUGCUAAAGAAGCCAGAGAUUUUCAAUAAGGCUACUGAAGAAUUGGAUCGUGUGAUUGGCCAGAACAGCUGGGUACAAGAAAAGGACAUUCCAAAUCUUCCUUACAUUGAGGCAAUUGUCAAAGAGACUAUGCGACUGCACCCCGUGGCACCAAUGCUGGUGCCACGUGAGUGUCGAGAAGACUGCAAGGUAGCUGGCUACGAUGUUCAGAAAGGGACCAGAGUCCUCGUUAGCGUGUGGACCAUCGGAAGAGACCCUACAUUGUGGGACGAGCCUAAGGCGUUCAAACCUGAGAGGUUCCUCGAAAAGUCCAUCGAUGUCAAAGGACAUGAUUUUGAGCUAUUGCCAUUUGGAGCUGGGAGAAGGAUGUGUCCGGGAUAUAGUUUGGGGCUUAAGGUGAUUCAAGCUAGCUUAGCUAAUCUUCUACAUGGAUUUAAAUGGUCAUUGCCUGAUAGUAUGACACCUGAGGACCUCAAUAUGGAGGAGAUUUUCGGGCUCUCCACUCCAAAAAAGUUUCCACUUGCAGCUGUGAUUGAGCCAAGACUUUCACCAAAUCUUUACUCUGUUUGAUUCAGCACUGAUGUGGUUCCAUCAAGACAGACUGUUUGUUUGAAUUGCCGCUCCAAGUCUAUUGUAGUCCUGUAUCAAAAUUAUCUAUGUCAUAAAUAAUGCAGAUGAAUUUUCAAUUUUUUACAUUAAAGCAGAGCUUUGUCCUUAUUGAAUCUUAAAUCCACGAAUAGUAUAAAUC